AUGUUAAAUAAAAACUUGAUUCCCCUGUUUUUUUGCAUACUUUUGGAUUUUUCUUUCAUUUUCAACUUUGCUGAUGCAAAUCAGCAAGAAGCAGAAGCUCUCAUCAAAUGGAAGCAGAGCUUGCAUAGUCAUAACCAGUCAUUUCUGUCAUCUUGGUCACUUCCGAGUACCGCGAAAAACAGCAAUGUUGUCAAUCCAUGCCAUUGGCUUGGAGUUGGUUGUGAAAAUGGUUAUGUUACAAGGUUGAACUUAACCAAUGUGGGUUUAACAGGUACCCUUUAUGCCUUCAAUUUUUCUUCUUUGUCGAAUUUAACUUUUCUUGAUCUUCAUGAUAAUAAUCUCUUUGGAAAUAUCCCUUUAUCAAUUAGUAACCUCACUAAACUUACUAGCCUUCAUUUGGGAAACAACCAAUUCAUUGGAAAACUACCCUUAGAACUUGGAAAAAUGACUACCCUCACAUAUCUGAACUUUAUUAACAACUUUCUUUCAGGCCACAUUCCAUCUUCUUUAGGCAAUCUAACCUCUCUUUCUCUCCUGAACCUUGGAAAUAAUCGGUUUGUGGGUACGAUUCCUCCUGAGCUUGGGAAUAUGGUAUCACUUAAAGAGCUUCGUAUUAACUUGAACAACCUUACAGGUCCAAUACCGCCUUCUAUUGGAAAUCUGAGAGGGUUGAAGGUUUUGUCAGUUUAUGGAAACAAGUUGUCAGGUUCAAUUCCAAAGGAGUUUGAUAACCUCACUAACUUAACUUUGUGUUUUUUUUUCAAAUAA